CAAUCUCCCCUGCUUUCCCACCCCACACUCACAGCAACACAACACAUAAACAAAUGAAAUAAAAAAUAAAAAAGAGGCAUCUAAAAUUCCAAUAAUCCUAGCCUUAAAAACACAUUAUAAUGGUCUUUAAUUUAGUUGUUCUUGGAUCCGGAGAUUCUGGGUCUAAUUCCAUUUUAUUAAUCCCUUUGUAUUUAUAAUCAAACAUUUUACUUAUUUUAUCAAAAAAUUUCAAACUCUCUCUACUUCCUAAACAACUACUCCCUCUGCAAACAAACACAGGAAAACACGCAAUAAUAACAACUCCCUCUUACCUUAGUUUACCUCGAUCUCCUUCCUUUUUGGUCUGUGUGUGUUGUUCUUUUUCAUUGGACUUUGUAGCUUCUUCUAGGGAGAAGGACAGACAACAAGCUAUAUUCUUUUCACUAUAGCUUGUUAAUAAAACUUCUUAACAAUCAAUCCUCUUUGUUUAACCUUUGUAAUGCCUGUUAAACACCAUCCAUACCACCACCACCACCACCAAAACUACCACCACAACCACCACAACAGCCACCUUAUAAUCACUCUCAUUGUAUGGAUGUCCAUCGGAGCCACCCUCGCCGUAAACCCACAAGGCGAGGCGCUCCUUUCGUGGAAACAAACCUUGAAUGGAUCAAUCAAGGUAUUGAAGAAUUGGAACCAAAGUGAUCAAACUCCAUGUAAGUGGUAUGGUAUCACUUGUAACUUUAAAAAUGAAGUUACAGAGUUGAACAUAAGGUAUGUUGAUUUAUAUGGCAAUGUCCCUUCAAAUUUCACUUCAUUAUUCACCUUAACAAAACUUUCCCUUGUGGGCACAAAUCUUACGGGUACUAUCCCUAAAGAGUUAGGGUCACUCCCACAGCUAAAGUCCUUAGAUUUAAGUGACAAUACCUUAAAUGGUGAAAUCCCAAGUGAGAUAUGCAACUUACCCAACUUAGAACAACUCUACCUAAACACAAAUCAACUCGAAGGGUCAAUACCAAUCGAGCUAGGGAAUUUGACAAGAUUAUCUUGGUUAAUCAUAUAUGAUAAUCAACUAAGUGGGACAAUUCCAACCACAAUAGGGAAACUCAAAAACUUAGCAGUAAUAAGAGCAGGUGGAAACAAGAACAUUGAAGGGUCAUUACCAUUAGAGAUAGGAAAUUGUACUAACCUGGUAAUGCUUGGGUUAGCUGAAACUAGCCUCUCUGGUUCCCUUCCUUCAACCUUAGGCAACCUCAAGAAACUCGAGACGCUUGCUGUUUACACCGCCCUUAUCUCCGGCGAAAUCCCACCGGAGAUUGGUGGUUGUACUAAUCUCCAAAGCCUUUAUCUGUAUGAGAAUUCGCUCUCGGGAUCGAUCCCAACUCAGUUGGGAAACCUCAAGAGUCUGCAAAACUUGCUCCUAUGGCAGAACUCAUUGGUGGGCACAAUCCCUUCUGAGUUAGGGAAGUGUAGUGAUCUUGUUAUUGUUGAUGUAUCGCUUAACUCGUUGACAGGUAGCAUUCCUUCAUCAUUUGGAAACCUGACAAAUUUGCAAGAACUUCAGUUGAGUGUGAACCAGAUUUCAGGGACUAUUCCAUCUAGUUUGGGAUCAUGUACAAGUCUCACACAUAUCGAGAUUGAUAACAAUCAGAUAACUGGUGUGAUCCCAUCUGAGUUGGGACAGUUAACCAAUCUCUCUCUCCUCUUUUUGUGGCAGAAUAAGCUAGAAGGGAACAUCCCACCAAGCUUGGGGUACUGCAAGAAUUUGGAAGCCAUUGAUUUGUCAUCCAAUAGCUUAAAUGGGGUCAUUCCUAAAGGGAUUUUCCAGCUUCAGAAACUCAAUAAGUUGCUGCUUUUGUCCAACAAUUUGUCGGGUCCUAUCCCUAAAGAGUUGGGACAGUGUACUUCAUUGAUAAGAUUCAGGGCAAAUAGUAAUAAACUCACUGGGGCAAUUCCUCGAACAGUUGGUGGGCUAGUCAAUUUGAACUUUUUCGAUGUUGGGGAUAACCGGAUUACUGGAGUUAUACCGGAGGAAAUAUCCAGUUGCCGGAAUCUCACCUUCCUUGACCUGCAUUCCAACUCCAUUUCAGGGUCUUUGCCGGUGAGUUUGAGCACUCUUUUCUCUCUCCAAUUUAUUGAUGUUUCUGAUAAUAUGAUUGAAGGGCAGUUGAGCAGCAAGAUUGGGUCGCUGAGUUCACUCACGAAACUCGUUCUGAGGAAGAAUAGACUCAAUGGAUCUAUUCCGAGUGAGAUUGGGUCUUGUUCGAAGCUUCAAAUGAUUGAUCUCAGUAGUAACCAGUUUUCCGGCGACAUUCCGGCGACAGUUGGGAAGAUUCCGGGGCUUGAAAUAUCUGUUAAUCUUAGCUGGAACCAACUUUCCGGCGAAAUCCCGUCGGAGUUCUCGGCUCUGACCAAGCUUGGGGUGUUAGACCUUUCUCACAACAAGUUGUCCGGUGACUUGUAUUCUCUUGAACCCCUUCAAAAUCUUGUGAUGCUAAACAUUUCCAAUAACGAGUUCUCGGGAAAUGUGCCCGAUACGCCGUUUUUCUCGAAGCUCCCGUCACCGAUGCUAGCCGGAAAUUCUGGUCUUUGUCUUGUCGACGGCGAUCCACGUUGCGCCACCAAGAGAGGUGGUGCCGGUAGAAAGGUGAGGGUGGCUAUGGCGGUGCUUCUCUCCGUGGGGUCCGUCCUCCUCGCGGUUGUUCUCUACAUUAUAUUCGGCGGGGCCCGGGGUUUACGUAGGGAUGACAUGGAAUCCGCCGAUGAUGACGUGGAAAUGUGCCCGCCUUGGGAGGUCACAUUGUAUCAGAAACUCGACCUCUCGAUAACCGACGUGGCAAGGUGCAUGACACCUGGCAAUAUCAUCGGCCGAGGCCGGUCCGGUGUCGUCUACCGAGUAACCCUCCCGUCGAACUUGAGUGUCGCCGUCAAGAAGUUUCGGUCCUCAGAUAAGACCUCGGCCGCGUUCUUCUCGUCCGAGAUAGCCACCCUAGCAAGGAUUCGACACCGGAACAUUGUUAGGCUAUUGGGAUGGGCAGCUAAUAGGAAGACUAAGCUUUUGUUUUACGAUUACGUGAUUAACGGGACCCUUGGUUCGUUGUUGCACGAGAGUGGCACAGGAACUGAUGCGGUCGUGGAGUGGGAGACUCGGUUCAAGAUAGCGUUGGGUGUCGCGGAGGGACUUGCUUAUUUGCACCAUGAUUGUGUACCGGCGAUUGUUCACCGAGAUGUUAAGGCACAUAACAUAUUGUUAGGUGAUCGGUAUGAAGCUUGUUUAGCUGAUUUUGGUCUUGCUAGGCUUGUGGAAGAUCAAAGUGGGUCAUUGUCUGAAAGUCCACAACUUGCUGGAUCAUAUGGGUACUUUGCUCCUGAGUACGCAUGCCCUGUAAAGAUCACGGAGAAGAGCGACGUGUUCAGUUACGGCGUAGUUUUACUCGAAAUCAUCACCGGAAAAAAACCCGUCGACCCGUCCUUCCCGGAAGAACAACAACAUGUAAUCCAAUGGGUUAGAGCCCACUUAAAGAGUAAAAAAGACCCCGUUGAAGUCAUUGACACAAAACUACAAGGCCAUAGGGAUACACAAGUUCAAGAGAUGCUACAAGCGUUAGGAAUUGCGUUACUAUGUACUAGUAACCGUGCUGAAGAUAGGCCUACGAUGAAAGACGUUGCUGUAUUAUUGAAAGAGAUUAGACAUGAACCUAUAACGGGGAAUGAGACAUGUAAGGCAACUAGUAACAUCUCAAAAAAGAAAGAGGAUCAAUCUAAUUCGUCGUCGACAUCGGUUGUAACGUCGUCGCAAUUGUUGUUUAUGCAAGGAUCGUCGAAUAGUUCAUCACUUGCUAAUUACUCAUCUUCGUCCCCAACUUACCUAUCACAUAAUCAAUAAUUUCGUGAUUAUGGAUGAGGGUUUUUUGGUUUUAGUUACGUUAAUUAAGAUUUGUAUUAAUAGAUAGGUAGAUAGAUAGGAUACUAGGGUGCUUGAUAAGAAAUUGUAAAGUGCUAGUUAGUGACAUUAAUUAUGUAAUGUAUGAUAGACAUGAAGAUGAGCAACUCAAGUGUACAGUGAAUUUAUAUGAUUAGUUUUUGGUGAUAUUAUAAGGCUACGUUCUCUUUACCUGGUC